AUGUUGCAGGAUGCGGUACGUGGCGGCCUACCUGCUGGCGGUUCUGGGAGGAAUGAGAACCCCUCCGCCAGGGACAUCAAACAGAUCCUCAACAGUGUCGGCGUGGAUGCCGAGGAAGACCGACUCGCCCUCGUCAUCAGUCAGCUGAAGGGCAAGGACGUCGAAGAGGUCAUUGCUCAAGAAGAUAAGCCUGCAGAUGAUAACACCGACUCAGACUCUGACGGAGGACUUAUCUCCCUUUUCGACUGA